GACUCGCAUUACCGGCCGCGCUCCUGGAGAGCGUUGUCCUGGGAUGCCUCUCGGCCACCUUCUACGGGGAGCUUAAACCGCCCCGCCAGCUGCCCGGAUGGGAACGCCAAAGUGCUCUAACGUCUCCAGUGAAUAUUGAAUUGCUGAGGAAUUUGGAAAAAAAGACAGCUGAAGUUUCCAUUCCAUGGAUCCCUUGGGUGCACCUUCCCAGUUUGUGGAUGUGGAUACACUACCAUGUUGGAGUGACUCAUGUGAAGAUGAAUUAGAUUCUUCUGACAUUGCCACUGAAAAGUUACAGGAAGAUACUGUUAGAUCACCUUUUCCUCAUAAUAAGGAUAUCAGUGGAAAAGUGGUUCUUUGGAAAGGAGAUGUGGCAUUACUAAACUGUACAGCCAUUGUGAAUACCAGCAAUGAGAGUCUCACAGAUAAGAAUCCUGUGUCAGAAAGUAUCUUUAUGCUGGCAGGGCCUGAUUUGAAGGAGGACCUACAGAAACUUAAAGGUUGCCGGACAGGUGAAGCAAAAUUGACAAAAGGGUUUAACCUAGCUGCCCGGUUCAUCAUUCACACAGUGGGACCUAAGUACAAGAGCCGCUACCGUACAGCGGCUGAGAGCUCCCUGUACAGCUGCUACAGAAAUGUACUCCAGCUGGCAAAAGAGCAGUCAAUGUCUUCUGUUGGAUUCUGUGUCAUAAAUUCUGCAAAACGAGGUUAUCCUUUAGAGGAUGCAACACACAUAGCACUUCGCACUGUGAGGAGAUUUCUAGAGAUUCAUGGGGACACCAUUGAAAAAGUCGUGUUUGCCGUCUCUGAACUUGAAGAGGCUACCUACCAAAAGCUGCUACCUCUGUAUUUCCCAAGGUCAUUGAAGGAGGAGAGGCGGUCAUUGCCGUACCUUCCUGCAGAUAUUGGAAAUGCAGAAGGGGAGCCUGUGGUUCCUGAGCGGCAGAUUAGGAUAAGUGAGAAACCUGGUGCUCCAGAGGACAACCAAGAAGAGGAGGAUGGAGGCUUGGGAGUUGAUCUUUCUUUUAUUGGCUCUCAUGCUUUUGCUCGAAUGGAAGGAGAUAUUGAUAAGCAAAGAAGAUUGAUCCUUCAGGGACAGUUAUCAGAGGCAGCCCUGCAGAAGCAGCAUCAAAGAAAUUAUAAUCGCUGGUUAUGUCAAGCAAGAUCUGAGGAUCUAUCUGAUAUUGCUUCGCUAAAAGCCUUAUACCAAACAGGUGUUGAUAACUGUGGUCGCACAGUGAUGGUGGUAGUUGGAAGAAACAUUCCUGUAACGUUAAUAGAUAUGGACAAGGCACUUCUGUAUUUUAUCCAUGUAAUGGAUCACAUUGCUGUGAAGGAAUAUGUGUUAGUAUAUUUUCAUACACUGACCAGCGAGUACAAUCACCUAGACUCUGAUUUCCUGAAGAAACUCUACGAUGUUGUUGAUGUCAAGUACAAAAGGAAUUUGAAGGCUGUAUAUUUUGUUCAUCCAACAUUUCGUUCAAAGGUAUCAACAUGGUUUUUCACCACCUUUUCUGUCUCAGGACUAAAGGAUAAAAUCCACCAUGUGGACAGCCUCCACCAGCUAUUUUCUGCCAUAUCUCCAGAACAGAUUGACUUUCCUCCUUUUGUCCUUGAAUACGAUGCCAGGGAAAAUGGGCCUUACUAUACAUCAUACCCCCCAUCACCAGAUUUGUGA